UUUCAAUUUGAGCACCAUGAAAACAGAGCACAUGAUGGAGAGCGACCGUCCACCCCUCGUCCGCUUCGACUUGGUUCACGACGGUGACCCAGUAUCACUGUCCGGGUAUCGACCCGACAUUGACGGGCUACGCACGUUCGCGAUCGUGUCUGUCCUUGUCUUCCACGCGUACCCGACGCUUCUUCCCGGUGGCUUCACGGGCAUCGAUAUUUGCUUUGUCGUUUCUGGCUUUCUCAUCUCGGGCGUUCUCUCCAAGCAGCACAAGCACCGUCACUUUUCGUACAUCAGCUUCUGCGAGCGCCGCGUUCGCCGCACCAUGCCGACGCUCAUCGUUGUUCUCGUGAUGACACUCUGGCUCGGGUACAUCUUCCUCCGGGGCGUCCCGCUCAAGCACAUGGUUGCGACGUUGAGUUCCACCGAUGUGCAAGCACUCUCGCUCGAGACAGCGUCCUCCAAGCACGGUAGCAACCCGCUGCUGCAUCUCUGGCCGCUUGGUGUCGGCGGCCUCUUCUAUAUUUUCUGGCCGUGCGUUUGCAUUGUCCUCAUAAAACAGCCAUACACGCGAGCCGUCCAGCUCCAGAUUGCAUUUUUGGCGCUCAGCUUUCUCAUCAACAUUAUUGCGUCCGUCGAAAAAAACCACGGCAACAUGGCCGUGUUCCUCAUGCCGCUCGGUCGGUUUUGGCAGCUGUCCAUGGGCGGCCUCCUCUCGUAUGUGAUGGCAGAGCAAGCGACAACGUCCUUGACACCGCUCACCGAUUCAUCACAUUUUGGUGCAUGGAUGUCGGCAGCCGGGCUUGGCCUCGUCGUCAUCGGGCUCGUAUUUAUUGAGUCUCAAAGUGCUUUUCCGGGCAUUUGGGCGCUUCUACCGACCGCCGGUGCGACCUUGCUCCUUGCCGGAGGCCCCCAAGCGCCGUUCAACCGCUACGUCCUGAGCAACACGAUGCUUAUGCAAUUUGGCAAGAUCAGCUACGGACUCUAUCUCUGGCACUGGCCGCUCCUUGUCAUCUCCAACCACCAAUACCCGCCAGCGACAAGCCGUCCGUUCACCGUAGAACCGUGGUGCAUGCUGCUGGUUUCCGUUGCCUUGAGUAUCAUCACGCACGGGGAGGUCGAGCACCCGCUGCGCAGGAGCACCGCCAAGUGGAUCACACCCGCGAUCGCGCUUUGUGUGUUGGGCCUUGCCGCGGUUGUGGUGACGUUGCACAUGCUUUGA